AUGGCACCAAACCAUCUCCUCCGGGCCGCAAUGCCACUCCGAGCAUCAAUGACACCACUGUCCCUGACACGCCCAACCCUCCUCCAAAACACCCAAAUCAUAACUCCACUCCGCCAAAAGACAACAAGCACAAAACCCACAUCCACACCCACAACCGCAACCCCAAACACCCUAACCGUGCCGCCCCGCCUGCGCAACUACGCCUCAGUCCUGAAAACCGGCACAGUAGUCUCCGUCGGCCGGAUGGACCGCACCGUCCGCGUCUGCCACAGACACAACACCUACGACCGCCACAUCGGCAAGUACUACCCAAAGGAAACGCACUACCUAGUCUCGGACCCGCGUAACAGCCUCCGCGACGGCGACGUAAUCGAGUUCUCAUCCGGCGCGCCCAAGAGCAAACACGUGCACCACGUCGUCGAGCGUAUCAUCACGCCGUUCGGUGUUGGGAUCUCCGAGCGGCCGGCUGUCUUGUCGCGUGCGGAACGGGAUGCUGAGCGUGAGGCGCGCUGGGCGGAGAAGUAUGUGCGUCGUGAGGCGAGGAUUCUUGGGCGCGAAGUUGAUUUGCGCGCUGAGGCGAUGGAGAUGGCGGCUAAGAGGGGGGAGGCUGUUGAUGAGGCUGUCUGGGAGGGGUUGUCUACUGCCCAGUUGAUUCGCGAGUAUCAUGGGGGCCAGGAGCGUGUUGGGAAGAUUAAGAAGCUUGUUAGGGAGAGGAUGGAGAUGGAGUAG